GUGCAAGCAGUUCACAUUAUAAAUAGAUGGGCCGCACACGCUGGUGCAUCUAGUGGAUUUUAAGUGGUCAGCUUGGGAGUGUCAUACCAAAAAUGGCAGUAAUACCUACUACCUACAAUGAAAAGGAUAAUACGUGGAGUGGGGCCAAGCGUAGUUCCAUCUACAACUAUGACAUAUCUGUGGGUAAAGUCAUUUUCAAUACCAUGAGAAACUGGCCAAAAAAUAUCUGCCAGCUAAAUGAUAUUGACGGCGUAUCGGUAACUAACAUACAGGGUAUUACCUGGGCCGUUCGCAUUGCACAGUAUCUGAAAAAGCGGGGCCUCAACCACAAGGAUGUCAUUGGAAUUUCCGCCAAAAAUACCACCUAUGUUAUGCCUCUUGGUGUGGCUUGUCUAAUGAAUGGAACGCCCUUUCAUUCUGUCAAUCCAAUGCUCGAUGAAGCAACUAUAAAGUAUGUUUAUGAAAUAACUAAACCCAUGCUUAUAUUCUGCGAUGGUGCUGAUUAUGAGAAGAUUAAUGCGGCAACCCGUAGCUGGCAUCCAGAAAUCUAUACACUGACCGAUCAUCUUGAGGGCGUCUCCAAAAUAGAAACCCUACUGGAUCCGACCACCACUGAAACGUUUUAUCAACCGGAAAGUCUUAUAAAUGGUGGCGAUCAAACGGUGGCUAUCUUAUGCUCUUCCGGCACCACAGGAUUACCAAAAGCCGUCUGCAUUUCGAAUAGCAUACUCAUUCAGGAAAGCAUGCUCGUCAGCAGUGAAUCGGUGAUAUACGUCUCCAGUGGUCUGGAUUGGAUAACUGGCCUCUGGGCUUUUAUCUUCAGCACAGUAUUUGGUUGCACUCGCAUAAUAACUAACCGACCCUUUGCACCCGAAUACUUUGUGCAUUUGGUGAAGAAGUACAAGAUCAACUAUGCCGUCGUGCCGCCCAGACAUCUGUCCGCACUUAUCACUUGUCCUGAGGCGACAACAGAGUCCCUAGCGGCCAUACGCAUGCUGAACUAUGGAGGUGGUCUGGUGUCCAUGGGAACACUACAGCGUGCCCAGGAGAUCUGCAAGGGAGCCAUGUUCAAUUCGGGAUACGGGUUAACAGAGGUGGGUGCCAUUACCGUUAAUAUUGGCAUCAGCAAUACCGCAUCGGCUGGCCGACUCCUGCCGGGCAUUCGGAUUCGAAUUGUUGAUGAGGAGGGCAAGAGGCUGGGACACAAUCAGGUGGGAGAGAUUUAUGUGCACACGGGACAGGCAUGGAAUGGCUACUACAGCAAUCCUGUGGAGACGCGUCGGAUGCAGGACUUUGAAGGCUGGUUCCACACGGGUGAUUUGGGUCACUUUGAUGACCAGAAUUUCCUGUACAUCGUUGAUCGCAAGAAGGAGAUCCUCAAGUACCAGGGCCUGCACUACUGGCCCACCGAAAUUGAGAUGGUCAUUACGGAAAUGCAGCAGGUGCAGGAUGUUUGUGUUGUGGGUAUUUACGAUGAGCGCGAAGGCGAUGCGGCUGGCGCUGUGGUUGUCAAGCGCGAGGGAUGCGAGAUAAGCGCCAAACAAAUCAUUGAUCACGUCGCCAAACGUUUGACCGGUCUGCAGAAGCAGCUCCACGCCGGAGUUUGCUUUGUCGACAAGUUGCCAGCCAAUGUGAAUGGCAAGACCCUAAGGAAGAAAGCUCGAGAGGUUUUUGUUUCCCAGUCUAAAUAAGACUCAACCAAUACACUUGAAUUGUACACUUCACUUUUUAGGUAAGAGUACAUGUGUUACUUAAUAAGACUAUUUGUCACAUAUAAAUAAAUUGAAAUUCAUAAACGUUUGCGAGCAA